AAUUAUACACGUGUGGAGUCUAACGAAUCAGCAAGUCUGGAAGUUCCUAGUUCCGAAUUGCAGUGUAAACGCGGUAUGAGUUGAAGCGGUUUACCCCCAUUAUAUCUGGACGGUGACACAUUGGUAUGAAUGACAUCGUUGACCUGCUAAUAAACCUACACAGUCGCAGUGACUCGACCAAAUUGCGCUCCGGGAAGAAACUUGUCAAGCCUUGUUUUGGUUCCGUCGCGCUUCGUGUACAAUUCAAAAAAAGACAUUGAUUGACUAAAGCAUGUCCUGCACAUGCACAUCGGCCGUGAGGAUAUUCUUGAAUUCAGCACACAGAGGACUGUCUUGUUCUCGUAUUCAACUGUAUGCUUUGAGCAGACCUGGUUCUUGUGAAGCUCACCUACCUCCCAGAGUCAGAUCCUUCCAUGAAACGGCAGUGUGUUUCGUUGCCAAAGAUGGAACAACCAAGGAUGGAUCCAGCAAUGGGGGAAAGAAGAACCUCAGUGAGGGAAAGAGACUUCCGGGCUCUUCUGGUGGAUCAGGGAAGGGGGGUAACCAGCUGCACUGUCCCAAAUGUGGAGACCCAUGUACACAUGUGGAGACCUUUGUAUCGUCAACACGUUUUGUAAAGUGUGAGAAAUGCCAUCACUUCUUCGUGGUGCUCCCUGAGACGGACUCUAAGAAGGGUCUGAAAACAGAAGCAGAGUCGCCCGUUGAGGCUGUCAAAAUGGCCUUCACACAGAAACCUCCCCCGCCACCCAAAAAGAUCUAUGCCUACCUGGACAGGUACGUAGUGGGUCAGUCGUAUGCUAAGAAGGUGCUGGCGGUAGCUGUGUAUAAUCACUACAAGAGAAUCUACAACAACAUCCCUGCUGGGAGCAGACAGGUGGAGGUGGAGAAACAGGCCUCGCUCACUCCACGAGAGCUAGAGAUAAGACAGGAGGAUGAGUACAGGUUCACCAAACUACUUCAGAUAGCAGGGAUCAGUCCCCAUGGUAACGCUCUGGGAGCCUCCAUGCAGCAGCAGGCUCCUCGGGAGAAGAGGGGCGGGGAUGUGUUAGACUCCACCCACACUGACAUCAAACUGGAGAAGAGCAACAUCAUGCUGUUAGGCCCAACCGGAUCAGGCAAGACAUUGUUGGCCCAGACUCUGGCCAAGUGUCUAGAUGUACCUUUUGCCAUCUGUGAUUGUACCACCCUGACCCAGGCUGGCUACGUGGGGGAGGACAUCGAGUCUGUUAUUGCCAAGCUGCUGCAGGAUGCCAACUACUCUGUGGAUAAAGCACAGCAAGGCAUUGUGUUUCUGGAUGAGGUGGAUAAGAUCGGCAGUGUUCCUGGGAUCCACCAGCUCAGAGACGUAGGAGGAGAAGGUGUACAGCAGGGCCUGCUGAAACUCCUGGAGGGCACGAUCGUGAACGUUCCAGAGAAGAACUCCAGGAAGUUGAGAGGAGAGACGGUGCAGGUGAACACCACUAACAUCCUGUUCGUAGCGUCAGGGGCCUUCAACGGACUCGACAGAAUCGUCAGCAGACGAAAGAAUGAAAAGUACCUGGGCUUUGGCACACCAUCCAACAUCGGUAAGGGUCGCCGUGCGGCGGCGGCAGCCGACAAAGCUAACAGUAGUGAACAGACGGACAUGGUGGCAGAGAUGGAGGAGAAGGACCGGCUGCUGAAGCUCGUGGAGGCCCGGGACCUCAUUGAGUUUGGGAUGAUCCCGGAGUUUGUAGGGCGUCUGCCUGUGGUGGUGCCUUUACACAGUCUGGAUGAAGAGACGCUGGUCCGUAUCCUGACUGAACCACGCAACGCUGUCAUACCCCAGUACCAGGCCCUGUUCAACAUGGACAAGUGUGAACUGAAUGUAACCACAGAUGCUCUGAGGGCCAUCGCCAAGCUGGCUCUGGAGAGGAAGACAGGAGCCCGAGGCCUGAGGUCCAUCAUGGAGAAGCUUCUUCUGGAGCCCAUGUUCGAGGUGCCAUGUUCAGACAUCGUGUCUGUGGAGUUAACCGAGGACGUCGUCCUGGGCAAAUCAGAACCACACUACGUCAGGGCUCCAGCGAAGGAGGCGGCAGAGGAGGAGUAUGACUCUGGUAUUGAAGAGGAGAACUGGCCCAGACAGAUGGACGCAGCAACUAACAACUGAUCUGAUCCACCUUGACCUUUUACUGACACUCAUUUUCAAGAACCGCUACAUUCUCUACACACAGUGCAAUCUAGAAUCAUUAGAACACCUUCUAGAAUCUUUUUGGAAGCCAGUUGUGGGUUCCUUAAAUUCCAGCCCCUGAGACCCUGUGGAGCCCACUACUGAAACUACAGCUUGAUCAAACUGUUUCUAGACCUUUCUCUCUCUGUGUUUGCAUAAGGAACAACUAAGAUGUGAGUUCUGUAAAUACCUGUUGAUCGUGUGAAUCAAAUGGUAGUUGUUUAGUUAUGAAUGAAGGGCCACUAACAAUGUGGACCUUUUUUUUAAAUUUUUAUAUAGUAUAUAUAUUUCCCAUCUUUGGGGAUUGCCUUUAAUCUAUCUUAAGAGAAUGCAAUUUGUAUUCUAAAUGAUUUUAAAUAGGUGAUUGUGUGCUUUCCUGUUGUGAUGAUGGCAGGUUGACGUGGCAAAGGAAACACAUAACAUGAAUGGGAUCAGCCAGGGAAACAAUAUAACAUGAAUGGGAUCAGCCAGGGAAACAUAUAACAUGAAUGGGAUCAGCCAGGGAAACAAUAUAACAUGAAUGGGAUCAGUCAGGGAAACAUAUAACAUGAAUGGGAUCAGCCAGGGAAACACAUAACAUGAAUGGGAUCAGUCAGGGAAACAUAUAACAUGAAUGGGAUCAGCCAGGGAAACAAUAUAACAUGAAUGGGAUCAGCCAGGGAAACAUAUAACAUGAAUGGGAUCAGCCAGGGAAACAUAUAACAUGAAUGGGAUCAGCCAGGGAAACAUAUAACAUGAAUGGGAUCAGCCAGGGAAACACAUAACAUGAAUGGGAUCAGCCAGGGAAACAAUAUAACAUGAAUGGGAUCAGCCAGGGAAACAAUAUAACAUGAAUGGGAUCAGCCAGGGAAACAAUAUAACAUGAAUGGGAUCAGCCAGGGAAACAAUAUAACAUGAAUGGGAUCAGCCAGGAAACAAUAUAACAUGAAUGGGAUCAGCCAGGGAAACAAUAUAACAUGAAUGGGAUCAGCCAGGGAAACAAUAUAACAUGAAUGGGAUCAGCAGGGAAACAAUAUAACAUGAAUGGGAUCAGCCAGGGAAACAUAUAACAUGAAUGGGAUCAGCCAGGGAAACAUAUAACAUGAAUGGGAUCAGCCAGGGAAACAAUAUAACAUGAAUGGGAUCAGCCAGGGAAACA